AUGGCACAGACUGACAUGGCCCACGACAUCGCCCAAGACAACGCGAAAGGGACUCGCGGCAGUGUGGAGUAUGUUGAAAAGGCCGUUAUCCACGGGGACCACCACAAGAAGGCGGAUGCCUUCGUCACUGGCACCAACCUCCCACCGAUCGACCCGGUGGCAGAAAAGGCGCUGAACAGGAAGCUCGACAUCUGGGUCAUGCCUCUUCUAACGCUUAAUUUCAUGUUUGCAUAUGUCGACAGGUCAAACCUAGGGAACUCCAAGAUCAUUGGGUUGGAGAAGGACCUUGGGAUGGAGGGAUACGACUUCAACUGGGCGUCCACCGCAUUUUAUUUUACGUACAUUCUCAUCGAGUUGCCCGCCAAUAUGGUGUUGAAGAAAAUCGGCGCCAAGAUCUUCCUCCCUGCCCUUUGCGCCUGCUUUGGCAUUAUUACCCUGUCGACUGCCUUUAUCCACAACUUCCAAAGCCUCGUGGCGAUGCGGCUGCUCUUGGGCCUUGCUGAGGGCGGCCUCUUGCCAGGAUAUGCUUACUAUCUAUCGUCUCUCUACCCCCGUUACGAGCUUGGCGGUCGAGUUGCAGGGAUGAUGACUGCAUCGCUCCUUUCUGGGUUUCUAGGCGGCUUCCUAGCCCUUGCCUUUGGCAAUCUCCGGCCUCUAGGAAUCCUCCAUACCUGGCGCCACAUCUACUUCUUCGAAGGCAUUAUCUCUCUAUGCCUUGCGGUUGUGUCAUAUAUCGUCUUUCCAAAGGAUAUCGAAAGCGCCUGGUUCCUUUCCGCCCAAGAUAAGGAAGUUGGUCUUGAACGCCUCAGACGCCAGGAGUUGACAGAUCCAUCGACAACCAUCAAGAAGAAGCACAUUGUGCAGGGAGUAAAGAAUAUCAACAACUGGAUCGCCGCUACUAUCUUCUCCAUUAUCAAUGUUCCUGUGCAAUCCUGCAUCUUGUUUCUCCCCUCAAUUAUUCACUCCAUGGGCUAUACCUCUAGCAAAGCUCAGAUUAUGUCUGGUGCACCAUUCCUGGCUGGUACAGCCAUGUUGGCUCUGCAGGGAUAUCUAUCAGACAAACUACGACGCCGGGGCCUUGUUAUCUUGAUCUGUGUCCCAUUUCUAGCGGUUUGCUUUAUGCUCCUCUUGAUUUUCACCCUUGGCGGACAACAUCUGCUCGACAUCCCUGGGCUUCGCUAUAUGGCGUUAUUCAUCGGCGUAACGUUUGGCACCGGUGGUGGACCCAUCACCCUAGCUUGGGCAAUGAACAACAGCCCCAACCCGGGCGUACGCGCCGUCUCCACGGCUAUUAUUAUCGGCUUUGGCACUAUUGGCUCGUUCAUCGCAUCCUGGACCUAUACGAACAAAGAGGCGCCGCUGUACGUCACAGGGCAUGCCAUCAACAUGGGCUUCUCGGUCACUGCCGUCGCCCUGAUUGCCGUCUACUGGUGGUACUGCAGCUGGGAGAACCGACAGCGGGACCUGGGCAGGCGGGAUUAUCGCCUGCUUGAUCUCUCGCAGGAGGAGAUUGACGACCUUGGACAUCGGCAUCCUGAUUUUCGAUAUGCGUCGUGAGGUGAUCACAGGGGUAUGCCAUUCUGUGGUGCACGUGGGUGCUGUUUCUUGGGCGAUAGUGUGAUUAUCUAUUGGCUAGACGUUCGGGACUCACGGGGAUUUGGUCAUUUCACUGCCGAUGAG